UCAAUGUUGUGUUGAUAGCCAAAAGUAGGCUUGAUUAAAAACAGUUAUUUUGCCCCGUAUAAGCUUUUCUUGUUUAAAAACGUGAUAUUGAAACCUAUUAUUAUACUAUAAUGAAUACUUGUAGGACGUGUCUUAAAACUCCCGCUAACAAGGAUAUUUCAGGCCUCCAAAAGAGUGUAAAAGAUGACAGUAUAACGGACAUCAUGGUAUUUUGUUUGGAUAUAAAGGUUUCAGAAGACUCCAAAAUAACUACGAAACUAUGCAAUAGUUGUUAUAGAAAAAUCAUAUCGUUUUACAAAUUUAAGGCUCUGUCUUUGAAAAAUGAUGCAUAUCUUAAAUCGCUGGACCCACUUGAGCCGCCUGCAGACCAAAAACUAACUGUGUACGUGGACGAAAACGGAAUUAAACAUGAAAAUUUCGUGGAAUCUGAAGAUUUUGGCCCAUGUGUAAUAGAAUAUAGCGAUAGAGAAAUUAAAAUAGAAAUAGAUGUUAAGGAAGACAGACUAGCAGAUUCAGAAAUAUUAGAUGAUUUUAAGGAAGAAAAUACGUUUGAAGAUCACAUAUUUGAAUCAGAUGAAGAGCCACUGAGUGUGGUACAAAAAAUUAAAUAUGAAAAUGUUGAGGAUGAUACCAAAGAAGAAGUUCCAGAACAAAACUGCGAGCAGCCACUGCUUAAAUGUAAAGCAUGCCCAAAACAGUUCCACUCCAUCGGAGGGCGGAAGAAGCAUUACCGGACCAAGCAUCUAGGGAAAAAGUCCAAGUGUGACAUUUGUGAUAAAGAGGUGGUAUGCCUGUCAGUGCACAAGCUUAGAGUCCACAACCCGUCAGGCAUGCGGUUCACCUGCUCAGUUUGUGACCGCCGCUUUGUAUCACAAGCUGUGUUGGACCUCCACAUGGUGUCCCACACCAAGGACUACCAGUUCCAGUGUGAUGUUUGUCAGAAAAAGUUUAGCUGUAGAGGUUUUCUCUCAAAACAUAUGCGGCAGGUUCACAUAAAGGAAAGGAACCAUAAAUGUGAACAUUGCCCAAAGGCUUUCUUUGGCAAAGAUAAACUGCAAGAACAUAUGAGGACACACACAAAUGAGAAAGAUCAUCAAAUUUGCGAGGAAUGCGGCAAGUCGGUGGCCAACCUCAAGAUGCACGCGCUCCGCCACCAGCCCAAGGACGAGCGGCGCCUGCUGCAGUGCAAGGCGUGCCCCAAGCUGUUCUACUCCAUCGGCGGUCGCAGGAAACACUACAGGACCACGCAUCUGGGCAAGAAGUACAAGUGUGACAUUUGUCAUAAAGAGGUGGUGUCCCUGUCAGUGCACAGGCUACGCAUGCACGCCCCCGACGACCUCCCGCAUGCGUGCGCGCAGUGCGGGCGCCGCUGCGUGUCCCACUCCGUGCUCGAGGCGCACGUGCUCACACACACGAGGGACUAUCAGCACGAGUGCGAAACUUGCCUCAAGAAGUUCAGCAGCAAGAAUUUCCUUACGAGGCAUCAACGGCAGGUGCAUGAAAAAGAAAGGAGCCAUCAGUGUGAAUUUUGUUCUAAGGCUUAUUUCAGCAAUAAUAAACUACAAGAACAUUUAAGGUCGCACACAAACGAACGGCCGUUCACCUGCAACGACUGUGGCCUCUCGUUCACAACAAAACAGGCGCUAACUAGACACAUGCUCACGCACAGCGACAUCAAGAACUACCCCUGCGAGCUGUGCAGCAUGAGCUUCAAGGUGCCCGGGAACUUGAAGGCGCACAUGAUCAGCCACACGAAGGAGAAGCGCUACCCGUGCGCGUUCUGCGGCGUGCGCUUCGGCCGCUCCGACCACCGCAACCGACACGAGUUCACCGCGCACAAGAAACACGGACAAACUGAUCCAGAUAUAAAGCCGGAUUGCUGAUAGUUAAAUACACUCGAAAGCAUUACCCUCCUCCUUUGGCAGUCGGGUAAAAAUAGGUCCAAAACUGGGAUUCAUCAGACUAUUUUAAGGCAGAGCCUUUCCUUGUAGUGAUAUAAACAUAGUCAAAGCAAGGACCAUAAGAGAGGACCAGCAGUCUUCUUACUACGCGCCGUACACCGCGGAGCUCCGUUAGUUAGUAUCAUUCUACGUCGCUAGAUGUCACUUUUAUGGUCCUUGGUCAAAGCAACCUAUCCUAAUAACCUUUGAACUGAACUAUCGGUCCAGCACGCGCGGCUAGCACAUCUUGUCGCGAAUGACGAUCGGCGUGAGCGUGACAUCAUAAUUUGUCGCUUACCCUGUUUGUUUUUCAGAUUAGAAAUUUCAUAACCUCAAAAGUAGUGGUAACUUUUUGCCACCAAAAUUAAAUGUGAGUAACUAUGCACUGAAUUAUAGUCAUAUUAUUGUAUCGCAAUAUUAGAUAUCAUGGGAACCUUAGCAUUUCAGAAAUUAAUUAAUUACCACUACUUUUGAGGUUAGAAAAAAUCAAAUCCUAAAAAAACAGUAUAGUUGGCAGCACAACUCGCACGCGGGAGACAAAAGGUAGUACAAAAUUGUAUGUAAUUAUAGAAAACGUUUAGACUCCGAGAUAUUAGCGUUUUAUAUGAAAUGAAACACGAACAAACAUGAUUCCAUAGUUCCUUGUCAAUGUCUAACAAUCCUGAGUGGGUGACA